CGCCGCGCGCCCAGGCCCCGCCGGCCCGCGAUGAAGGCCGCGCAGCCCGCGGACGCCGAGGCGCCGCCGGGCGCGCGGUCGGUCAAGGUGGUGCUGGUGGGCGACGGCGGCUGCGGGAAGACGUCGCUGCUGAUGGUCUUCGCUGAGGGGGCCUUCCCGGAGAGCUACACCCCCACUGUGUUUGAGCGACUCGCCGUUAAUCUGCAAAUGAACGGCAAACCCCUGAACCUCCAAAUCUGGGACACAGCAGGACAAGUGGACUAUGACCGCCUGCGGCCCCUGUUCUACCCUGAUGCCAGCGUCCUGCUCCUCUGCUUUGAUGUGACCAGCCCACACAGCUUCGAUAACAUCUUGAACCGGUGGUACCCAGAGGUGAACCACUUCUGCAAGGAAGUGCCCAUCAUUGUCGUGGGCUGCAAGACGGACCUGCGCAAGGACAAGUCGCUGGUGAAGAAGUUGCGGAAAAACAAAUUGGAGCCUGUGACCUACCACAGGGGCCAGGAGAUGGCAAGGUCCGUGGGCGCAGUGGCCUACCUCGAGUGCUCGGCCUUGCUCCAAGAAAACGUCCACGCGGUCUUCCAGGAAGCGGCCAAAGUGGCCCUGAGCAGCCGCAGCCGCAACUUCUGGAGGAGGCUUACCCGGAGCAUCUGUGUGCUGACCUGACACCUUGAGGCCUUCCCUGCCCCCAGCACCCUAGCAGCAUGGGAAGGAGCGGGGCGCUGACCUUCCUUCCGCCCAGUUGGCUGGGCUGGACCCAGUCACCGGGCUGUGACCACCAAACUGCGCCUCACACAGAUGGACAACGUGAAGGCCGGGCACCAGACCGCGGGUCUGUGGUCCCUGGACCGGAGUGUAACCCCCUGAGGCCUGAGGAAGGGGGGUCCAGAGCCCCCCAGCCCUGUGGAGGGCUAGCCCUGGAGUGCCUUACAAUGACUGACUACCAGACGCCCCGUCCCAGCCUGGACCGCACAUCCGGAAGCAGCCCACAUCGCCUGGUUCCGCCUCGCGGCUGUUCCCGGGGCUGCACCUUCAGGGCCUGGGGUUCCCAGCACCCUGGGCCAGAACUCACCCGUUGCCCUUUCCCCCUCCCCCUUCGCCCAUCCAGUGGUAACUAUGACAACUAAAACAACGUCGCUUAUCAGUUACAUCAUGCCUCUUGCUUUACACACAUGUUCCGUAGCAGAUCAGAAUCCACCACGUGUCGGCACUGGAGUGGAACUACCCGGAUCCAACCUGGGCUUUGUCACCUUAGGACCUUGGGCAAAUGACUUGAACCCUCUGCGCCUCAGUAUCCUCAUCUGUGAAAUGGGACCAAUCACAAAUGAUGUCAUGGAGGCUUUAGAUUGAGUAAGGUCCUCGUGAGACACAUGCAGAGAGUUUAGCAGGUGCCUGGCACACAGUAAGUGCUCAAGUUCACAAGUAUUAUUUUUGUUUAUGAUAAAUAUAUAAUAUGGCACAGCUGUAAUAUACAUAAUACACUCAAUGAUGUCCUGUUCGUUGUCUCACAUGAUCACAGGGGCUGGCAAUCCAAACCCUGCAGGGCAGACUGGAGACUCAGGUAGUUGAUGCUGCAGGGCAGCAGGGUGGCUGCCCAGGCAGGCUUUCUGUGCUGCUGACUUGAGGCAGAAUUCCUUCUUCCUCGACAAAUCUAUCAUUUUUCUUAAAGCCUUCAACUGAUCGCAUGAGGCCCCAGCACACAGAACCAGCCACAAACACAUGUCCCUUCAGUUUCAUCAGAAGAAGCUCAGGGAGGGGCCACUCCUGCCCCAUGAGGGCUCCCGGCUUGGGUUACAGAACCGAGCGGAGGCAGGUGAGAUGGUGUUAGGGGCCCAACUCCAAAUACCCCACGUGGAUUGCAAGCUCCGCUUCAGGAUUUGACUUUAAACUACUAGGAAUGGGAAAUAGCUUUUCCUGGCCUAGAUUUCUAGCUUGUUUUUUUCCUUUUCCCUGCCCCCUCCAAGCAUACCCCAUGCCCAGAAUGUUCUUCCAUAUUCUCCCCUUCUUGCCGUCCUCAAGCCCAGCUCAGAGCACUCUCUUCUCUAAUUUCCCAAAACACAUGUUCCCGGAGCCCUGAUAUUUACGUCGUUGUGAUGCUUCUCACACUGACUUCUCGCGCCUCUUGUCUUCUUGCACUAGCCCUCGACUUCCGUGAAGUGAGGAUCCUCGUUUGCCUCAUCUUUUUGUCCCCCAGCCCCUAGCUGAGGAUGUGGCGUGGCCUUUCGGCAUUGAUGAGUGCUCCCUCUCUGGAGUCAGUAGCAGAUCUGAGUUCGAAUGUCAGGGCUCAUUUCCAUAGCUAUGUGAUUUUAUGAGAGUCACACUCUGAGCCUCAGUACCCCAUCUGGCAAAUGGGAGCAAUCAUAUCCGUCCCACAGAGUUGCUGUGGGAAGGAAGUGACAAAAUGCUUGUCCGCUGCCCAGCAUGGUGCCAGCCAGAAAGGAAAGUACAGGAAGCAUGGAGCGAACUGCAUGGAGUGUGGCUGGGCUGGGCAAUAGCUUCUAUACUCGAGGGCAAGAUGUUGAACAAGAAGUUAGGAGACCGGUGGGGCAUCGGCUCCUUCCCUGAGAUAACCAGGACUCCGUCAUCUGUUCCUUGACAGCCUGGUCUCUCUCACGAGCUCUCCGGUGUGCCCCGCGCUAUGACGAGAGCUGGGGAUUAACAUUACACAGGGGACCGCGGCUUGUAUCCUCAAAGCCGGGUGGGUUUACACAUCUGGGAAAGCACAGAGGAGGGGUUCCAACCCCAGCCUGAAGAGGUAGCUGGGAAGUUACCUGGAGAGAAAGCGUGGAAAGAAGACCACAGGUGAGGAUGGGGGGGGAGGGGACAUGUGUUCUAUCACAGUGACCAGAGACAUCGAGAUGCCGUGUGCAGUUUUGCAGGUCAAGCAGGUCAGAAGGAUGUGGGGCUGAGAUGAUCAACCCAGAGGCGGAGGGAGUGAUGUGCUUGGUCCUGGAACGGCCUCAGUCUUCUAACCUGGUAAACACGAGGAAUAGGUUCUUGCCUCUUAUCUCUUGGCAGUGCUCUCCCAGGAACGAGAUGAUUAGAUAAUAAACAGGUUUUGAUGGUAACUUUACGUGUCAACUGGACUAGGCGACAGUGCCCACGCAUUUGGUCAAACACCAGCCGGGAUGCUGCCCCA